AUGGGUUCGGUUGGGAAAUGGGCGAAGAUGCUCGUAGGCGGAGCGGUUAUCUGUAUCGGCGGCCCCAUGUUCGUGAACUACAUCCGCCCAUCUGAGGAAGAACUGUUCAAGAGAUUCAACCCCGAUCUCCAAAAGCGCAACCUAGAAAAUCGAGAUAGGCGACAAAAAGAAUUCGACGACUUCGUCACCCAGCUGAAAGAAUACUCCAAAUCCGACAAGCCCAUCUGGGUUGUAGCAAAGGAAGCCGAAGAGCUCCAAAAGAAACAACGUCGAGAAGCCGCCCUCGCCGCAAAGAAAACCGCCGAGCAGCCUGAAGAAAACCCUGCACAAUAA